CCGGCUCGGCCACUCACAUCAACACCACCUGCCUGCCUGCCUAGCUACGCCUCCAUAUCCGCCUGCCUGGCUGACUCAUCAGUUCUUCUCUCUCCGAUCGAUCUCCCCUAGCUGUAAUUUCUGAUCACGCGAGAGAUUGGCGAGCAAGAUCAAGAGCAGGUUUAACUUCUGAGAUCUAGCUAGCUAGCUCGCUCGCUUGGGAGACUAGCUAGAAGAGGAUCGAGAGCUAGCUGCUAGCCAUGGGGAGAGCGCCGUGCUGCGACAAGGCGAGCGUGAAGAAGGGGCCGUGGUCGCCGGAGGAGGACGCCAAGCUCAAGGCCUACAUCGAGGAGCACGGCACCGGCGGCAACUGGAUCGCGCUGCCGCAGAAGAUUGGGCUGAAGAGAUGCGGGAAAAGCUGCAGGCUGAGAUGGCUCAACUAUCUGAGGCCAAACAUUAAGCAUGGUGACUUCACAGAAGAAGAGGAGCAUAUCAUUUGCAGCCUCUACAUUAGCAUCGGAAGCAGGUGGUCCAUCAUUGCAGCGCAGCUGCCGGGACGAACGGACAACGACAUCAAGAACUACUGGAACACCAAGCUGAAGAAGAAGCUCCUCGGCAAGCGCGCGCCGUCCCGCCGCGCGAGGCCGAACCAGGCGGAUCCCUACCUCGCCGCAGCGGGCGGCAACAUGUGCAGCACCAGCGGCGGCGUCAACAACGGCAGCAGCGCCACGGCGGCCACGCCGCAAGCCCUAAGCGCGUCGGCGCUCGAGCGCAUCCAGCUCCACAUGCGCCUCCAAGCAGGCCUCUACGGCGCGUUCGGCUGCGCCACUAACAACGACAACGCCGCCGCGGCCGCGGCCGCGGCCGCGCCACAGUGGCCGAAGCACGAGACGCUGCUUCAGACGAACAAGCUGCUCCAGGGUUCGCUGCCGACCGAUGCCGUGGCGACGACAGUCAGCGUGCAGCAGCCCCAGCAUUUGGUCGACCAGACCGGCCUCGCAGCCGGCGCCGGUGCGGCAGCCAUCGAAGCCGAGCACCAGCUCAGCUCUGCCGCCGGCGCAACCUACAUGGCGCCGCCGGGGAGUUUCGAGCGGCCCAAGCUAGGGUUUUACUCGGCACCCGCCGAGGCCGAGGCCGCCAGUGCAGAGAUGACCCCAAGCCCGAUGGUGGGCGUCUACGGCGCCGGCGGCUUCGGACCCCACCACGACGAGCUCUACGACUUCCUGUACAGCAAGUACGGAUCUCUCGGCGGCGGCGUGGCGCAGGGCGGGCAUGCGCAUAUCCCGCCGCUGACGGAGCUGCAGUGCCCGGACGCCGCCGCCGCCGCCGUCGGCGCCGACGAGAAGUUCUCGACGUGGGCCGCGUCCUGCGACUACGGCACGGCGGCCGGUGGCCAUCAGCUCCAUGGGAACCCCAUCAGUAGCAGCCUGCAGGAUUACGUGCUGGGCGGCUACGAUCAAUGAUACUAGGGCUAGUUUUUGCCGUGUUGUAUUAUACAUCCAAUCCAAUUCAUAGUUGGUAAUUAAUUCGGUAUGUGUAUGCUUGAUUCUCGAUCGUUGAGGUUAAAACUUACUUGUUCAUAUAUAUACUUGUACUGUAUGUGAAUGGAAUGUUGAGUCAAAAA